GUAGAGGUGGAUUUUAGAGCCACGUAGAGCUAUUAGCUAUUUGAUUUUGGUACUUAUUUUACCUACCCGGCGUAGUGUCCAAUGAAGCCCCCUCUUACAGGUGGCUCUUUUCUCCCUGUGCGUCUCUCCACAACAACCAAGACUACUCAAUCUCUCUUUCGUAUUUCUCUUCUUCUCUCUCCCUCUUUUCUCUCAACACCGUCGAUGCGGCCAGACACCGGAGCCCCGCUGAGCAUCUCCGGUGGUGAUGAAUCGCAAGAAUCCCGAGAAUCACAGUUCAAGUGAUGCAAUGAGGACCCGGGGACUACAAAGCAAAUAUGUAAAGGCUUCAUAUCAUUCGUUGUUCAAGGACCGGACUGUUUUCUCAAUCUCUAUGUUGAGGUCUAGAGAUGAUUGCGAGGAGAUCCAGGUCCGCAGCUUUUUCAGGGGAGAUGUCGUCAACGAGUUCUAACUAGAAGCCAGUAAGACCAGGUGACUGCAUGGAUGAGAACCCAUGAUUCUCUGUUUGAUGAAUUGGUCUAUCUCCCUUUCUUACUGUUUCUUCUUUCAAGCUCUCUUAUUUCGUAUCGAUCUUGAUUGGUAUGCAGUUUGCACACCUCGAUGGGUUUGCUUGCUUGCGCUUAAAUGGGUUUCGUUGGUGAUGGUGUGGCUAAAGGAAGUCCCAAGGUUACAAGGAGCCUAAUGGGUUCCAUUCUUUCGUUUUGCUUCACCUUCUAUUAUCCCACUAUGCAGAGUUCUGGUUUGCUCCCAUUGAAAGGGAAGUGGGACCUCGCCAGAGGUUUUUGUAUUUGAGAAUCAAUGUAAGUGGUCUGCUCCUGAAAUUCUCUCAUCUUCCUUCUGAUAGUUAAUCUUUGCUUUUGUGGUGUUUUCAUGGAAUCUCUCUGCUCCUCUUCGUAUACCCAGGCCAUUAUUGUUUAUUCUCUAUCCAAUGACAUUCGUAUACCCAGGCUAUUCUUGGAAAUACUUUUGGUUGGUUGUCAAGUUGUAAUUUGUAAAUGUUCUUUGCCAAGCUAUAUGGUUUUAUCACUGAUGUGUGGUUAAAGAUUAUAUCGAUUUUGUUGUCUGUUUCUUAGAUGUAGUUUAUCUAUUUAAUGUUGUAUAUAUUCUUUUGUGGAUGGAUAAUAAUGUAAUGUUAAUUAUCAAACGAUACCUCUUUCUAAACUUGGAUGCUCAUCGAAUCAUAUAGGCUUUCAUGUAUGUUUUUUUUCCCCUUCAGUUAGUACUGAAUAUGAUAGGUAUUAGUAAUUUCCCAGGAAGAAAAAACUUCAGUUCUAAGUAUUUGUGUAAGUAAACAAUUUGUUAAAUUAAUUAACCAUCACAACAUUCAAGACUGCGGCUUUUAAUGAAAUCAAGCGUGCUUUCCUGCAACUUCAUCAUAAUUCUUUGCUUUUACAGUCAUCAUUCCUGCAACAGUAGAGCAUGAACCAGUUUCACAAGUUCUAUCAUACUGUUGAGCAUAAUAUAUCACAAGAGAUCCAGAACCACUAUGUAUUAAUUUGUUUUUUAACUAAGAUCCCGGAGGCGCGGGCAAAGAUACUAGUUAUGAUAAAUGCGAAACACAACA